UCAACUCUUCCAGCUACGUAUCCCGCUACUACUUUUCUAUGCCCUAGCCGGCAGAAUGGCCAAUUAGUUCUACCCUAUACCUCCUUAUCUACGCUAUGACUGGUGCUUCAUCGCCUUCAUAUAGUUCCAUACAUGACAAGCACUGUCCUUGUGAAAAGAUGCCAAUAUGGGUCGACCGAGAACCUGAUUGACAUUCCAUCGACACUUCAUCUCGAGAGGUUGCAGCGACAAGAGGCCCAGAAUCGAUCGAACGAAUAUGUUUCUGCCCUUAAUACAGUCAAACUUCCUCAACAGACCAUUCGCAAAUUGUGCAGUAUGACCUCUGUCAAGGCAUCCUCCGGCGCGGAUAUGCCGCCUUUGAAUAGUGUGCUCGAGGCUGCUAUGGGUACAGCAAACCUGGCUAAUAACAAGGAGCACUCGCCAACAUCGUCGGGUAAUUCUGUCAAGGCACCAUCAGUGCGCGAGGUGUUGGCCGAGAAGACCGUGGAUCCUCGAACGGUUGGCUGGAUGGCGAGCGCGAUGGGCGAGCUGCACCAGGCGACGGAAUCGAUUGACGUCGAGGAUGUUGGAGACCUCAUUGUGACUUUGUCGCCGCCUCGCGCUUAAAAAUCUGCAUAUCUUUGACUUUGCAACGCGCAGAUUGCAUAUGGCCUGCGCGUAUUUUUCUUUUCUCUUUCAUUGUAUUCUUUCAUAUUCCUGCAUCCCAUACCUUUCUUGCUCAUCAUCACCCGGCAGACGCAAAUCUUGCCAGGCAUCCUUCUUUUUUUUUUAUACGACCAUUUCAUUUUGCCCCUCCUCCCCCCCGUUAAUGAACUCUACUACACUGUACAUACCCCUUCCAUUUUUCACCUCGCUUAUUGAUCUAUGGAGACGUUGGUCGUUGACGUUACGGACAAAAAAAAAAAAACCCCCCUCCCC